AUGACUGAAUCGUCGAACUACGUAGAGAAUGACGUCAAUUUAGAAUUAAAUGAGACAGCUAAUAGUGAUAAUGAACAGAAUUCCAUUGAAGAGGGAAAGCAUGUAGUAGUAACACAGAAACAAAAUCCAAUCACUCAUCGAAGGAUAAAAGGUGUUUUUCGUAAAGAAUGGUUAUCAGUAAAAAAAUACCAUUUGGAAAAUUUCGAUUUAGAAUAUGGACCGUCACGCGACGAAGAAAUAGCUGUAACUCCCGACGUAUGUAAUAAUGUAUCGAUAGAAGCUUCGGCUUCAGUAGAUCAUAAACAUAACGCAAUGAAUAUUAAUAAUUUAACCGAUGAAGAUAUUGAAGCCGGUCGUCAAAAACAAAUGACAAGAUUGGAAAAUCAGAAAUUACAUUAUAAACAGCAUAAACGAGAAUCAUUCAACAUUGAUAAUUAUACAAAAAUAUCAAAUAACAAUCUGUCUGAUAAACAAAAUAAAAAUGAAGAAACUGUUGCUAUAAAUACAACAAAAAGUUUAUUUACAAGUCAAAAUGUUAACUCUACAGCAACAUCAUUCGAUAUUGAUUCUUAUUUAGCUCAAACGUACGACCUAGAUGAUACAGCUGAACCGCAAUGCCAAGAGGAAGAGGAAUAUAGUGAUAUAGAUUUUGAUCUUAUUGAUACAUUUGAUACAGCUGAAAAUAAUUCAACAUACGAUAACAGUAAUGAUGAGGAUAAUAACGAGAUUUGUACAACACGUAUAAAUAAUGAACCACUACAUUCUUAUACAAUGUUAGGAACAAAUAAUGCUUGCAUGGAAUUCUUACAAUUAGUACGCGAUUCACAAAUUAGUAAACAUCAAGCGCAACGUUUUCUGUCACUUAUUAAUAAUAUUUUGCCUCAACCGAAUGCAAUGCCCAAUACGAUGGAUGAAUUAUUAACAAUCUUGAAUAUUACAAAUUAUUUUUACAAAUGCACUGUUUGUAUAUUGUGUAAAACACUGCUUAACAACAAAGAAACUAUAUGUGAUAAAUGUCCAACAGCUGAAGCUAAACAUACAGCUCAAAUUUAUGAUACAAAUUUUUCAGCCCUAUUAUCAGUAGUUGUAUCAAGAUUAGCGAUAGAAAUUUCACCAAUAUAA